UCUCCUGCCUGGAGCUCCACUGCCUCCAGCCCAUCCCCUGACAGACUCAGCAGCAAAAUGCAGCAGCUGCAUCUUCUCUGCUUCAGUCUCCUGUUGCUAGGACAUGUCCUGGAUGUGCAUGGCGGCAACAACGUCCUGGACUGCUGCCUGCGUACGAGCGAGGCGCCCAUCCCACGGCGGAUCGUCAGGGAUUACUGGCUCCAGCUGGUGCAGGACGGCUGCGACAUCCCUGCUGCUGUAUUCAUCACCACAAAGGGCAAGCGGCUCUGUGCACCCCUCCAUUCCCCAUGGGUGAUUCGUCUCCAGGAGAGGUUGGAUGCCAGCUCUGCCAAGAGGGGCAAACCACAGGGCAAGUAGGUCCUGAAGAAGCCAUGGCUGGUCCCAACAGCUGGAGGGGACCAUCUCCCAGCUGUGAAUCUGAUGGUAACAGAGCCAACCUGCUUCCACCUCCAACCUCAGGGCAGACCCUCCCUGAGACUCAUGCCAGUGUGUGGGAUGGGGCCCACAGACAGAUAGAGCCCUGUCUGUCCUGUCCUUUUCCCUUUGCUUCCAAUGUGACCCAGCAGCCUGUGUCAGACUGAGCCAGGGGCUGCUGAACUCCAUCACCUUUGCAGCCUGGAAGCUGUUUGAUGGUCUGGUCUGUGAGUCGAGCUGGGGACUCUCAGACUUCCCAUCAGCACAGCAGUUGUGACCUCCUGCUAUAGUCUGAUCCCUUUGGCCAGCCCCAGCCCAGAGUCCUCUUGCAUCCCUGGGAAGGGCUGCCAGCACAGAACAGUGUGGGGCUGGAGGAGACUGAUGGAGAAGGGCCACACAUUGUACUGGUCCUUGCCAAGCACAACUCAGAUGCCCUCAGAAAACGUGUAGCUGAUGUGGUUCCUCUCUCUCUCCUGAAUUGCCUGCACUUUUUCCCUCCUGCCCUUUCUUGCAAGGGUAGAAAUAGAGCCAUUAAUGUGGAGCAGGCAGAGAUGUGGCUCUUAGCCCUGCUCUCCUUGGGGAUAUUGCACUCUUUCCA